AUGCCUAUCGACCCAGCUUUCAUGCCGUGGGCUUCUUCUAAAGGCGUCAAAUGUAGCAAUGUCGAACCUCGAAUUAUGCCUGGCCGCGGCAUUGGUAUUGUUGCCGUUUGCGAUAUCAGAGCAAAUCAAACAAUCCUAAGUGUUCCAACGAGAGCUGUUCGCACCAUCGAUACUGUUCCAAAGCACAUCAAAGACGCUCUUCAUGGUGUUUCAGUCCAUGGCAUCUUGGCGGCUGAAAUUGCACUCGACGACAGUGAUGACUUUGCCAUCUGGAGAACAGUCCUCCCUACUCGAGAGGAUCUAGAGGGUGGAAUGCCCAUGAUGUGGCCGAGUGAACUUCAAGCUCUUCUUCCCAAACGAGCCAAAGACCUAUUGGACAAUCAAAACACCACGUUCCGACGGGAGUGCGAUAUUGUUCUGAAAGCCUUUCCUACAUUGACAAGGGAUGAGUAUAUGUUGAGCUGGGUGUUGAUUAACACUAGAACCUUCUAUAAUAGCAUGCCCAAGAUGAAGAUCUAUGCUCAUUCUGAUCGAUUAGUCUGUAUGCCUGUCGCGGACUUGUUUAACCAUGAUCAAGGGUGCAAACUCGUAUACUCUGCUCUUGGAUACAGCGUUCAGACGGAUCGGGUCUACAAACAAGGCGAGGAAGUUUACGUUUCAUAUGGCCCCCACUCAAACGACUUUCUCUUGACAGAGUACGGCUUUAUUUUGGACACAAAUCGUUGGGAUGAGGUUUACCUGGACGAAGUGAUACUUCCACUCCUCAACAAGACACAGCGCGCUGAGCUAGAGAGUGUCGGCUUUCUUGGCAGGUACACACUCGAUGAUCAGACACCAGGAUGUCACCGGACCCAGGUGGCCCUUCGCAUGCUGUGCUGUACCCCUGGACAGUGGCAACGGUUCUUUGACGCUUGUGAGGAUGGACGGUCUUCGCAGGCGGAAGUUGAUGGUAUUCUUUUAUCUGCCUUGAAAGACUUUCAACAGAUGUUCUUUAACAUAUACACGGAAGCCUCUUUCCGUCCAGCUGGUGGGAGGGGACGAGGCCAGAGCCGUAACACAGGCUCGAUUUGCAACCACGACCAGUGCCCCCAGCUCGAGGAAUUGAAGCGACUCCGCCAAAUAGCAGAAGAGCUUCUGACUCACUACAAUGAACUAGCAUCUCGCUGCGGUGCCGCUCAGUUCCAACGACCAGCAGAGCUAGGGCCAAUUUUAGAGCCUGCAGAGCCACUUCUACAAUACGCAUAUCCUGCUACUGCGUCGACCACAGCUCGUUCUGCUACUUCGUUCACCACCCGUUCUGCUACUUCGUCCACUACAGCUUGUUCUGUUACUGGGCCGGGUACAACUGCUCCCCCUCCUUCUCCGUCCCCCUCAUCAUCAUCGUUAUCCUCCUCCUGGUCUUUCUAUCCAUAG